GAAAGGGCGGGGAAUCCCUUCGUGACGUCAGCGUUGUCCCAGAGCCGCUGAGCAGAGACGAACGCGAGAAAGAAGGGGGCGCUGUGCUCUGGGAGUUGUUCGGCCGGCGCUAGAGCUGGCGGCACCCGGAAAGCCAAGCGAGCAUGGAGGCCGCGGCCGGGCCGGAGCUGCAGGUCGGCUCACUGGUACCGGUCCUGCUGGAGCAGAUGGUGAAUGACACGCUGGUGGUGACGCUGAGCUGCGGGGAGAAGCGAUACAGUGGGAUCCUGCUGGACUGCACCAAGAAAUCUGGGUUGUUCUGUGUGCCGUCUACUCCUUUUUCAAAGCAUGAUGAGCCACCUAUGGAUAUUGCUUCUGUUGGUGUUCUUGAACAUCCACCAGCUGAAACAGCUCUUCAAGAUGUUGGCCAACCUACACCAAGCAACAGUCAAUGCCCCCCUCUCCUUCCACCACCAGGAACCGCUCCUUCUUAUCCUCCUUACUUUGAAGGUGCCCCUUUUCCUACGCCUUUGUGGCUGAGGCACUCCUACAAUCAGUGGGUCCCUCAGCCACCCCCACGGACUAUCAAAAGGACAAAAAGACGAAUGUCAAGGAACCGAGACUCAGGAAGGCUCAUAAUGAGCACCAUUCGGCUAAGGCCUCGGCAAGUUCUUUGUGAAAAAUGCAAAAACACACUAAAUUCAGAAGACACUGAUAAAGAUAAACAGAAUGACUCUAAAAAUAGUAGGAGGCUUAAUGGUGAUGAUAAAGAGAAAAAUAAAUUUCAGCCUAACUGUGAAGACUUAAAGACUAUGAAAGAUAGAAAAGAGGAACAAAUUGCUUCUAAAGACUUAGUGCACAGAAGUCCAGUUAUAAAGAUCUCUUACAGUACUCCACAAGGUAAAGGGGAAGUGGUUAAGAUUCCAUCACGUGUACAUGGCUCAAUUGAGCCUUUUUGUCCAAACCAGACUUUACAAAAUGGAAGCAGGGACCAAGAAAUGCCAAAGGAUUUUGAGAGACAUACACUCAUACGCUUGGUGGAUAAAUCAUCAAGUAACCAGUUAGCUUCCAUUCCAAAGUUAAAGUUACCUAAACCCUCACAUUCCAGUCUAGAGGCACCACCUCCUAAAAUCAGAUUAAAACCACAAAGGGGUAGUGGCGAACAGAGUGUUUCUGUUUAUAAGUCUGAGCUCAUAGAUGGGAUCCAUGAUCUCCAAAACAGCAGAGGAUCUGAAACGGAUUCUUCUUCCUUUUAUAUGGAUGACUCCAGAGAAAGAAGCUUUCAUGAUGUCUCAUUAGGGAGUUCAGGGGAAGAUGAUGACUUUAAGGGGUUUCCGCACACCAGAGAAGGACAUAACCUACAUUUGCUUAGGGGGUAUCGGAAGAGAAAGGCUGAUUCUUCUAGUGCUUCUUUAUGUAGUAAUGACAGUUUGGAGGAAUCCAAAUCCUCUUGUCUGGAACUAAAUGGCAUGGAAUUUUGUGACCUUCUCCCUGGGGAGGACCUCUCUGUGUCGUCUUCCAAAGAUGAACAAAAAACGGUCCCACCUCUCACGGUUAGGCUGCACACUAAAAGCGUUUCGAACUGCAUUACUGUAGAGGGAAAGACCGUUUCAGUGGGGGAUAUAGUAUGGGGAAAAGUUCACGGUUUUCCAUGGUGGCCUGCAAGGAUUCUCAGUAUUAAUGUCAAUCAAAAAGAGGACGGAGAUCCAUCUUGGCAAGAGGCCACAGUUUCAUGGUUUGGUUCUCCAACGGUUUCUAGUUUAUCCGUUUCAAAACUUUCCUCAUUCUCGGAAUUCUUCAAACUGAGGUUUAACCGCAAGAAGAAAGGAGUGUACCGGAAAGCUAUUGCCGAAGCUGCUAAAGCUACUGAUCAUCUGACUCCAGAAAUUAGGGAACUGUUAAUGCAGUGUGAGACGUAGCAUUAGGACCGGUAGCAGAUCAGAACAUAGCUGCUCCUCCUGAAAAAACAUCCUGACAAGUUCCCCCUGGAGACUCUUGCCAUGGUACAUCCUCGAGAGGAAGACGAGGGGCGUCUGUCACCUGACCACCACGUAGGACUCGUCGUACCAAGCUUGACAUAAGGAAUUUGCAUAGACGUCAUCCACAAAAACCAAAACCCUUUCGAUUCCAUUUCCGAUCGAGGAACCCAACAAACGCUCUAUUUAUUACUGAUCUGCUUUUUUAAAAAAAAAACACAUCUUGCUGCUGCUUAGUUUACAGGUAAUAGACUAAAGCUACAAUACAAAACUAAACGUAAGUAUUUAAUCCGAGGUAACGACUGCAAUAGGAUUCUCACCGUAGGUCUCUAACAAGUGCUAAUUAUUGAACUUUACAGAGAAAGAAAUCGUCGGACGCACCUUCGCUUAUUUCCCCGCUCACGGCUGUUUCCUGAGAUCUUUGCCAAAUUUUAUAGUAGAUGCCGUGGUAACCGCGGUUCUUUAACUUGGUUUAUAGUGAUUGUUACUCUGGGCUAUACAAUAAAUUGAAGUUUGUAUUUUC